UAACCAAAAAUUAAUUGUAAUUUUAUAGCGAAUGAAGUGACGUAGACGCGCGCCCUUUUUGUACCGUUGAAUAAGGUUCACGAGACAGUAGAGUCGGUUAUAAACCAAAAGACCGUUGAUCUAUCUAAGCUAUCUGUCUAGGUCGUCCGCAGAAAGUACAUCGGCAUAGCUAUUUAGCUAGUGUUUUAUUAAGAGGUAAGCAUUUGUUCACGUUUGAAAAUACCGCUUUAUUUUUGGUUUAUUCAAAUUGUUUCGCUAGAUAUACUCGCUAGCCCUUUUAAAAUCGUCACACUGAUGUUUCCUGUGUAGCCAGCUAACCUAUGUUAGCUAGUCAUGAUAUCUAAAGUUAACGCUAAUGCUAGCUAACUAUUGUUACCUUCUGGCAAUUAUGUAGUGAGCUAAAUACCUAGCUAACUAGUUACGGUUAUCUAGAUAGCUGGCGUUAGGUUAAUAUAACUAUUUAUGUAACGUUAGUUAAGUUACGGUUAUCUAUCUAGUUUAAUGACUAGCUUGGCUAAUGCUAGCUAACUAACUAGCUAGUUCACUUUACCUCAUCUAAACUAUGGUCACCUACGGUUAGAUAAACGCCAGGAUAACUAUGUUAACUUCUUAUGUUGAAAUAACUAGCUAGCGUUAGCUACUUGGCUACUAAAAUGUUAUCAUAUCUAGCGAUAAUUAAUGCACAGUGGAGAAGUUGAAAGCAUUUAAUAACCGUUAUAGCCAGAUAUAACACAAAAGUGUCGCGUCUCUUAUUUUAACCUGUCUUUAAUUUGCGAUAUCUGGAAAUAGCAGUUUCAAGCGUACAAUUGUGGAUUAAUCUUGUCUAGUCUAGUGACUGCCAGUGAAAUUCACACGUUUUCAUUAUUCCCUUUAAAAGGUGAUAUGAUGUGCCAGUCAUGGAUUACGUAAUUGAAAAUGCCUGCGUGUGAAUAUGUACUAAAGACGCUAACUGGAUACUAAAGGUUUUGCGUAGCUCUUAUUUACUCAGUAUCUUUAAUCCUCAAUUGGUUAGCGUUAAAUAAACUGGACUGUGCUGUCUCGCAAUUUACUACAGGGGAAGGCAUAAACGUGUUUGAGGGAUCUACUUUCAAACAUGCUAAAUGGGGAGAGGUUCGUUGAGGCGCUUGGGCGAUUGGGUUAUCCAGGAGCACCGUCGCUCAGAGGUUCAGAAUUCGAUUGGUUGUUCGAUGCUGCGCCAGACAAUUUGCAUCUUUUCCGCGUCUUCUGUCACCGCUUGAGCCGCAACAAUGUCCUCACACCGGAGGAAGUGCAGGCAUUUCGAGUGCUACGUGAGUCUGGGAAACCCAUCUUGGAUGAGACUUCGUUGGGGGAAUUACUGAAGACAUGUGGGCACAGCAGCAGUGCAGUGGGUGUACAUGGGUCACUGUCUUUGCUGUGUGAGGAGGGAGAUGUUUCUGUGGAAGACCUGGAGGCUGAACUGCAAGCCCUGCGAAAAGAAAAGCAGCUAAAACUGUGCAGGCUGAAAAAGCUCCAGAUGCUGGCCUCCAGUCGGGGAGCUGAUGCAUCUGCGGCUCUUGUGCUGUGCCAGGGUGCGUGCAGUGCCACAAAUGAUGCCAACUCUGGUCUCGCUGUCGAAAAUGCCACCACCAAUGCUGCCUUAGAAGACCUUGUGGAAGAGGCCACAAAGCUGGCUGGCUUCCUCCAUGCUGUGCUCCCAUCCAUGGAGAAGAAAGAUGGAAACCCCUUACCUCCAGCCCCUCAGUCAGGACCACCAGUCCUGCUGUCCCAGCUUUCCCUGGAGCCUUACCUCCGGCAGGAGGAGCAAAACACUAGGGCUCUGGCCACCUAUACCCAGCGACAGUUCUUCCAGAGCAUCUCUGACAUGGUGGAGACCUCCACCUCCAAGUGCUUCCAGGUGAAGGACCUGAGCUGCUGCAGCGAGAAUGAAGAAGAGGAUGAAAAGGUGGUGGAGAGCAGGAGGAAGGAGAUGGCCCAGCUGCAGUGGGCGCACAUUGUGGCGCAGCACCAGCUUUUGAAGGCACAGGCAGAGGAGCAGGGAGAUCGAGCACUGAAGGACUGGCUUAUGGAGCAGCUCAAUACCCCAAAAGAGCCCUUGGGGUCCCUGCAGGCCUCCUGGCGAGAGCCUGCAUUGCGCUCUGAGCUUCUCUCUGUCCAGUCCGACCUUGACGCUCUGAUGCGUGAGCCUGUCCACUCAGCUCUCAGGGAUAAUGCUCGCCUGCUUAAUGUGCCCGUAGUGCACGGUGAUCUGGCACUCCAGAUUGCCCGACGGAACUACUACACUUCCCGGCAGGCUGAGGUCAGGGACCAGCUCCUCCGCCAGAAAGCCUCUUUUGAGCUGCUGCGGCUGGCCCAGGAAGCUGAGCUUCGUAGGGGGAGGAGGACCAUGACUCAACUGGAGGAGGUGGCCCAGAGGCUAGAGGGGGCAGCUGAGAUGGCAGCUCAGAGAGGGAGCACUCUGAGCAAGCCUGAACUGACCCAAACACCUUGCUUGGGAUUUAACACGAAGCUACAGGUCAUCAGCUCCAAGGAUGCACCCUUUAGCAGACUACUGCAUAUGUUGGAAGUGGGUAAGGACCCUGGUGAGUGUAAGGAUCCCCUCAAGACAUACGGCAAGCUGGAAGUGGAAGCCUCUUGCCUGCACGGAGAACUUAUGUCUGUUCGUGAGGCUUUGAACGGGGCCACUCGUGAACAGAGCUACACUGGUGCACGUUUAGAGCGGGACCGUGAUGCUCUGGAGCGUGCAGCCUAUUCCCACAUCAUGCAGCCUCUCCUGAGGCCGCAGGUACGUGCUACAGCCACACCUGCUCAGGAGCUCUGCCCCAACGUACAGGCGUUAUCUAUGGUUCUGGGGGAGCUGGAAGAGAAGCAGAAGAAUCUAUAUAAGCUGUUGCAGGACAUUGUGGGAGACCUGAGAACCAAAAGAGCUCAGCUGGAGAAAAGUGCCGUCCUCAGGCGAGAAAGAGAACUAUAUGUCUACUUCCACCUGGAUCCUGCCCUGCUCAGCAAGGCAGUGAGGGAGAUGGAAACCAAGACUGGUGUUAAAUAGUUCAGGGGGCAGAUGGCACUACUGAUCCUGUAUAGGUGAAGGUCCCUGGUCACAGGGAUUCAUCAUUCAGAGGAAUAUUGCCUUGAAGCCUGUGCUGCUCCCAAUUUUUGCUCAAGGAGAACAUUUAUGUCCUGGUGUUUGCAAACACAUCCAUCUUCUGAUGUCUCUUCUGCACUGUGACUAAACUGCACAAAAAGUUGGUAACAUUAGACAACAUACAGAAAAUACAAUUUGUGUUUUUCUUUGUACAACUAUUUGAAUUUGACAAUUUAAUAAGAUAUUUUAUAAAUAAACUACCAUCUGUCCUUGUC